GGACAGUUACUCCGCGGUGAUCACUCUGUUAACCACUUCCUAGUGCCUCCAAAGAUCAUUAAUGAAUUAAAAAUCGAAAGAAAACGCCCGAAACUUUGUGAUAAUCCCUAUAAUUCAAUCAUGCAGCCUCUGACACUAGCGAUCCCAAUAAUUCUGCUUUAUUCAGUCUUAACUGCUGUUCGAGGGGAGCUGGAGGAUUGGGAUGGGUCUUCUGUUUGUAAAGAAUGGAAGAGCCACAGAACAUCGAGAUACGUUCCGUACAUAGAAACUUACCGAAAACGAGUGUUUUUCAUAUGGAGAACAAUGACUCGCUUGAACUACAAAUGGGAGUUUCAAACCGAGUGGAUGACCAACGUUCAGUGCUGCACCGGCUACCACGAGGUGCAGAACGUCUGCAGACCAACCUGCGCUAGUAAUUGCGAGCACGGUUUAUGCAUAAGUCCACAAAGAUGUUCCUGCGACGUUGGCUAUGAAGUUCAAGUUUCAUCAUCCGGUGAAACGUGUGUUCCAGAAUGCAUUCAUGGUUGCAUAAACGGUGAAUGCACAGCUCCAUCGACUUGCACCUGCCAUCCGGGUUAUGAGCUGACAGGGGAUCAUUACACCUGCAUUCCAUCAUGCCAGCCAAGAUGUGAGAGGCAUAGUCACUGUGUUUCAACGAAUAACUGCGAGUGCAUCCAUGGAUACGAGUUGAAGAACGUCACUGAUAGGUACAGCGCGGAUUCCCCAAGUGUUAGUUGUCAGCCAGUUUGCUCUCCUGAAUGUGGGCCUUUCAGCAGUUGCAUUGAGCCAGACGUGUGCCAGUGUCAGGUGGGCUAUGAGGCUGAUCAUGCGUUGAGCAAUGAAAGGUAUUGCAAUCCCGUUUGUGAUCCACCGUGUGAAGAGCACACUAUUUGCACCUCACCAAACGUAUGUGACUGUCAACCUGGUUACUCACCCGGGGAAGACAUGCGUCAUUGUGAACCAGCUUGUGUUCCAGCCUGCGGGGAAAAUAGCAUCUGCACGGAGCCCAAUAAGUGCGAGUGCAAUGCAGGUUACCAACUCAUUCUUCAGAAGAACAAUGAAACUUUCGAUGUUGAAUCUAUCAGGUGUGAACCAAUUUGUGAUCCACCUUGUGGAAUUCGUGGUGAUUGCAUUGCUCCAGACACAUGUUCCUGCGAGGAAGGCUGGGAGGUCUCUACUCUUCACAGCGCUGGGUCGAACUACUGUUCACCACAUUGUGAUCCUCCAUGUGGAAAGCACGCUGUCUGCACGAAGCCAAACGUUUGUGAAUGCAUUCACGGAUUCGAGAUGAAUGCCAAUCGUAGCUCUGAUCGAAUCAAUUGUCAUCCUGCCUGCUCUAGGCCCUGCAUUCACGGCACCUGCGUCGCUCCGGAACUCUGCGCUUGUGAUGAUGGUUACAGUAUUGACACUGAUGAUCCCUUCAACUGCGAACCUGUCUGCGGCAAAUCAGGAUGCGAGCAGGGUAUCUGUACACAGCCCAAUGUCUGCACAUGUCACAAUGGUUAUCAGCUGAGCCCUCUUCCUGGUCAAUCCCACAUAUGUCAACCGAUCUGCAAUAAAUGUGGCAACGGUACGUGCCUCAAGCCGGGCCUAUGCAUAUGCAAUGACGGAUACGAGAUGAGCAAAGACGGAUGCGUUCCAUCGUGCUACGGAAUAUGUGGGAAUGGUACUUGUGUGGCUCCAGUUCAAUGUGUCUGCGACAAAGGCUUCAAGCUGAUCACCACAACGGCGGAGCUGGUAUUCGACCUGCCCACUCGCACGUUGUGCAAGCCAAUUUGCGAGAUUGAGUGCAAAAAUAGUACCUGCACAGCACCAAAUACCUGCACAUGUCUCGUAGGAUAUGAAAAGAACCAUCAGGGUGAUUGCAUUCCACAUUGCAACGGUCGAUGCUCGUUCGGAGAGUGCGUAGCACCUAGCCAGUGUCGAUGCAAGGAUGGCUACAUCGAAAUUGAUGAGAGGGACGGUGAAUUCUGUCAGCCAGACUGCGGUGAUGGCUGUUCCAACGGCAAGUGUCAAUCUCCUGGAAGCUGCAAGUGCGAUGACGGCUACAUCUUGGAUAUUUUCAAUGCAACUCUUUGUCUUCCCGUUUGUGACAAUGACUGCGGCCAUGGCGAAUGCAUCGCCCCAAACGACUGCCAGUGCUACGAGGGCUUCAUCAAGGAGAAUGAAACUGAUAUCGAAGGCCAAGCCAGUGCUUGUGUCAAUCCUUGUGACAGCGACUGUGGAGAUCAUGGGAUUUGUAACACCGAUGAACGGAACUGUCAGUGUUUUCACGGUUGGAGUGGAAAGAGUUGUGACACCGCGACAUUAUGUGGGAUUAUCUUUCACGAGAAUGAUGUGAAUCUACCGAGAUGGAUUUCUGAUAGGAAUGGAACGAAUGACACCGGGGGGAGUUUUGAGACCGUAAACUGGCGUGGACCUGGCUGCAGUGAAAAAUGCCAACUGGAACCAACCAACUCCACUAACAGCUGCUAUCUCCUUUUAUCCGAUGACAGAGCUUAUGACAGUGACAAGACCAUCGUGUGUUUCAUGAGCACAACUUUACCCUGUAACGCGGCGGAUCUACAUUCGGAUAAUCUCGUUUACUCCGGGAUAGCUGGGACUAUCGUCCUCGUAAUUGCUAUUGCUGGUACGACCGGUGCGGUUCUACUGUUGGCAAAAAGACGGCGAAAACUGGAAAGCCUUGCUGUUCACAAUAAUGAUGACAACCUGUUGGAGCAAUCCGAUGUUACGGAUUCGCUGGUGCACAAUGACGAGUAUUCUUACCUCUGAAUUGAAUAAUUGAAGUGAUGUUUUAUGGAGAUUCUUUGAUAUCCGAGAUACUCAGGGAAAUUGAAGAGCAAACAAUUUUGAUUAUUCACAACCUGAGGAAAGGACAGCUGAUUCAGAUAGUCGCCGAACCGUUGCUACACUAUCAAUUAUUUUUUUGCAAAAGACAAUGAAAUAUAUUUCAUUUCUUCCAGACAUCUUUGCAGUCUCGUUUUCUUAAUGUUCCCAUUGGCAUCUGCCUUCAAUUUAUUUUACCAAAAAAUUGUAUACCUUAAAUGUAUGAACGGUAUCAGUCCGUAUUUAUUUAAAAUAAUCCAAUUUGGAAAAUAAAAUCGGAUUCAUUUAA